AUGGACGGCGCGCUGCCGUCUGCGCCACUGGAGAGACGCGCGGGACGGGACGCGCGCGCACGGGAGGUCGGCAUCAUGACGAACCCCGGCAUCGAGCGGCGGCUCGUGACCGGGGACGUCGUCGCCAUGCUCAAGAGCGGGAAGGACCCCAAGAUCGCGCCCGCGGACCAGCGUCGGUACGUCCUCGAGCUCGCGUGGGCGUUCCUCGGCGACGAGCUCGACGCGUCGCACCUGGACCGCGCGGUGCGCGUCGCGCUCCCGGGCGACGCGUCCGACGGCUCGGACGGGCCGUCGCUCGCGGCGUCCACGACCGCGGACGUCCUCUGGCUCGUGUCGUGCGAGGUGGAGAUGCAGCCGGAGCGUAGGGCAAAGGUCGUGGACCUCGCGAAGGCGCUGUGCGAUGGCGACGACGCGCUGUGCGCGCCGGGGCUGCUCAUCGAGCGAUGCGAGGGCGAGUUUCUGGAGGAGUGCGGGCUCAUCCCGUCCGCGGUGGGAUGGAAGAAGAAAGAAGUUCGGAUCAACACGCGGCUCGUGUACACGCAGAACAAGUUCAACCUGCUUCGCGAAGAGAGCGAGGGGUACUCGAAGCUCGUCGUCGCGCUCGCGGCGUUCGGCGAGCGCGGGUCCGGGGACGACGACGCCGUCGCCGGCGCGAUUCGAUCGACGCAGGCGCGCUACUUCGACUUGGACCCGAACCGCGUGUUGGACCUGGUGUUCGAAGCGUACGAGCGCUGGCCCGCGAACGACGGGUUCGCGGAGCUGCUGCGGCUGUUCCGAACGGAGAACUUCGCGCAGGUGCUCGGGUUUAAGUUUCAGUGCCACGCCAAGGCGGCGGCGGCGGCGCUCGCGGAGAAGGAGGACGGAGAAGCCGGCGAGGACACGGCCGGAGUCCUUAAGGAUCGGCGUUCACAACGCGAACGCGGUCGUAUGGGGACCAGUGUGCUCUCGGACGGCGCCGCGCGCGCGGAGGGCGGCGACGACGACGCCGCCCGCGAAGAGAAGGACGGCACGAACAAAGAGACAUUCAACGCGAACAAGGACAAGGACAAGGCGCCCGCGACGUCCGAGUCGCUGAAAACAACGCCGACGACGGUAACAGUGACGGCCACGCCGAAGUCGUUAUACGUCCUCGCGGCGACGCUCGUGCGCAAGAACCUGGUCGAGAUGGACGACCUCUACGCACACUUGCACCCCGCGGACGACGUCGCCGCGGAGAAACACGCGGCGGAGGUGAGCCGGCGACUCGCCGCCGCGAAGAAGAUUGGCGUCGUGAACCUUCGCGGCGGCGCGGACGACGGCGCGGCGCGCGGUCCGGACCCGUACGUCGUCGCGGCGACGCCGGUCCCGGACGAGACGAACCAGAAGCUCGGUCUGUUGCGCGGCUUCCUCGCGAUCGGCGAUUUACGCGCCGCCGCGUCGCUCCUCGAGCGCCUCGCCGAGCUCGGGUUAGACCCCGCGGAGGACGCGGAGGUGCGCGACGCGCUGUGCGUCGCCGCGAGGGACGCGCUGAAGGAGGCGCACGCGCGCGCGGCUCCCGCGGGAUGCGCCGCCGCGCUCGAGGGCCGCGGCGACGUCGACGGAAGAAAGCCGCCGUCCGCGGAGGGCUUCCCGCUUCCGGACGCCGCGUUCGAGAUUAUCGCGCUCCUCGGCCCGCACGUCCACCACGACGUGAUUCUGUUCACGAGAAUCGCGCGGUGCCUGAAGCAGCACAUCGCGUGGGCGCGGAAGCGCGGCGACGACGCGUCGGCGCGGAGAGGCGAAGACGCGGUGGGCGCGUGCGUCCUCCCCGCGCUCGGGCUGACGGCUUCGAACCCCGGCGCGGUGAACGAGGUGUGGGCGACGCUGGCGUCGCUCCCGGUCACGACGCGGUUUCGGUUGUACUCGGAGUGGAAGGCGGUGUUUUCUUCGGACGCGGAGACGGGCGCGGAGGUGAAGCCCGCGUUCGCGGCGGCCAAGGCGGUGGCGGAGAGCGAUACCCUCAAGGUGAUGCGUCGUCUGUCCAAAGACAACGUGAAGGAAUUCGGCCGGAAGCUCGGGAAGGUGGCGCACGCGAACCCGCUCGCGGUGAUGAACGCGAUCGUGCGUCAGAUCGAGGCGUACACGAACAUGAUCUCGCCCGUGUGCGACGCGUUCAAGUACCUCACGGCGAUGGGGUACGACGUGUUGACGUUCGUCGUCAUCGAGAAGCUCGCGGAGGGGCGAGAGAAGCUGAAGGACGACGGCCAGAACGUGUCGCUGUGGCUCAGCGCGCUCGCGACGUUCUGCGGGCACCUCGCGAAGAAGUACGGCAACGUCGAGCUCUCCGCGCUGUUGCAAUACCUCGUGAACACGCUCAAGGACAACCAGAGCCUCGAUUUGCUCGUCCUGAAGGAGCUCAUCACGCGCAUGACGGGGAACGAACCGCUCGAGGACAUGUCCGACGCGCAAGUCGCCGCCAUGUCCGGCGGCGAGACGCUCAAGUCCGAGGCGAUCAAUUUCAACAGCGCGAUGGCGCCCAAGGUGCGAGCCAAGGGCGUCGCGCGGCUGAGAGACGCGCUGCAGAGGGGCGCGAAGGGCGGGGACUCGCUCACGGUGCCGCUGCUGAUUCUCAUCGCGCAGUGCCGGCAGAACAUCGUGUUCAACACGCCGUCGAAGCACCUGAAGCUCAUCUCUCAGCUGUACGACGGGUGCCAGGAGACGUUCUUUCACUACUGCGACUUUCUCGCGCAGGCGUACGACGACGAGAAGUACGCGAAGAUGAUCCCGUCGCUGAAGGAGCUCGUGCACGACUACGGCAUCGAGCCCGGCGCGGCGUUUCACAUCUUCCGGCCGGUGUUGAGACACCUGAAGCCGCGCCCCGCGCCGUCCAAGGAUAAGCCCGUCGACGUUUGCAACGCCGCGAUCGCGCUCGACAUCGGCGGCGCGAAGACGACGUGGGGCGAACUGUUAGCGGACGUCCGAGGGAUGCUCCCGGAGGUGACGUGGCAGGCGAUAUCCCCGGAGUUGUACUUGUGCUUCUGGGCGAACACCGCGUACGACUUGCACGUGCCCAGGGCGCGGUACGACGCGGAGAUUGAAAAGUGCCGCGCGUCGCUGACGGUGCUCGAGGGCCUCCCGACGCGCGACGUUUCGUCUUCCGAUCUCGCGAAACGGCGCAAGGAGAAAGACCGUCUGCAGACGCUCGUGGACACGCUGCAGAAGGAGCUGGACGCGCAGGAGCGCGCGGUGAGCAAGAAGACCAAGUCGCUCAUGAUCGAAAAAGACGCUUUCCUCGUGGACUUGCCGGAUAUCAAGUCCACGGUGUCUGUGAUCUUGCAGCGGUGCGUGCUUCCGCGGUGCGUCUUCUCCCCAGCGGACGCCAUCUACUGCGCGCGCUUCGCCGAACGCCUCCACGCGCUCGACACGCCGUACUUCAGCACGGUGCAGUACUACAACACCGCGCUGAAGGACCUGACGCAGCUCAUCUUUUCGCGCACCGAGUACGAAGCCGGGAGGCUCGGGAAGUUUUUGAACGAGACGCUGACUCAGCUCGCGCGGUGGAAAGCGGACGAGACCGCGUACGAGCGCGAGUGCGCGAGCAAGAACGGGUUCAAGACGACGUUCAAGGAACCGUCCGGGGGAACGAACGCGAAGCGGGUGACGUACGAGGAGUUCGUGAAGCUCGUGUACAAGUGGCACCUUCGGCUCGCGAAGUGUUUCGUGCACUGCCUGGAGGGCAGCGACUACAUGGAGAUUCGAAACGCGUUGAUGGUGUUGACGAAGAUCGUCAAGGUGUUCCCCGCGAUCACUCGCAUCGGCGGGCACACGCUGCGGAGAGUGGAGAAGAUCAAAGAGAGCGACGAGCGCGGGGAUCUCAAGACGAUCGCCGCGCGGUACCUCGCGAUGCUUCAGAUGGAGCGCAAGGCGUGGCGGCCGGACAACGCGUUCAAUCCGUACCUCCCGCCGGACCCGAAGCAGCAGGAGAAGGACGCGGCCGCGACCGCGACCUCGAAGGGCGGCGGUGGCGACGAGGAGGGCGCGAUCAAGCCCGAGGGGGGCGGCGGGGAGAAGGGCAGCGGCGCGGCUGCGGGCGCGGGCGCGGGGGCGGCGGCGAAGAAGAGAGGAAGAGCCGACGCCGGCAAACUCUCCGCGGAGGCGCCGGAGUUUACCCCCACGAAGGACGCCGCCGCCGACGCGGACGGCGGCGGCGGCGGCUCGAAGAAGCGCGCCCGCGGCGCGAGGGACGCGGACGGGGGCAAGGACGACGGCAAGGGAGGCGCCAAGGGGAAAGACGACCAAAAGUCCGCCAAAGACGCGGGCGGCGGCGGCGGCGGCGGCGGCGGUCGCGGCGGCGGAGGCGGUCGCGGCGGCGGCGGGAGAGAGUCCGAGAAGGAGAAGGAGGAGCGUCUGCGAGCGGAGGCGAAGAGCGCGAAGGAGACGCGCGAGCGCGACCAGAAGCGCCGGAGGGACGACGAGGCGGACGGGAAGGGAGCGAAUGACUCGAACAAGCGCGCCAGGAAGGGCGACGGCGGGACGCGCGGACGGCCGGAUUGGGACUCGGGGAGGGAGCCGGGCGGCGGCGGCGGCGGGCGCGGGAACCGCGGCGGCGGCGGGGGCGCGCACCGCGACGACGAUCGUCGCGGCGGCGGCGGCGGGAGGGACCGCGGCGGUCCUCCCGGGAAGACGUCGGAGACGACGGACGUGACCGUGACCGUGCCGCCCGGCGUAUGCGACGGCGCGUCGCUGCGGCUCAAAGAGAUGGGCGGCGGCGGGACGCCGCCGGGGGACUUGUACGUCAAGAUCGCGGCUGACGACAUGAGCGAGGGCGCGGUCAUUCGACGCGACGGCGCCAACUUGAUCAGCGAUCUGGUCGUUCGCUUCGAGAAGCGCGGCGAGGACACGAGCGCGCGCGUCAGGACGGUGGAGGGGGAACACGGCACCUUGAAAGUGCGCGCGGACGUGGAGGUUGGGCAGGCGUUGCGGAUCAAGGGAAGAGGCGCGCCGGUCAAGCCAGGGAGCGAGGAGAGAGGCGACCAUCUGUUCGUGGUGAAGAAGAUCAUUCAUUUGGACCGCGGUUCGGGCGACGGAGACGACGACGCGGCGUGA